AUGGAACAUGACCCCAGCAUCGAGGGAUAUUGCACCUCGGACGAGUCGAGUUUUGCCUAUACUUCCGCGCACGAUCGGUGGUCCAUUAUCUUGACGGGAGCGAUUGCCGAUAUCUCUGAAACGUCGAACACCCUCGAGGACCCGGAUGCCAGGGCCAAGGGCGAAAGAAUCAUCAAGGGUCUCCGGAAUUUGCAGUUCGAGAUCCAAUCAGAUGCGAAACUGACGCCUCUGUAUGAUGAUGGCUCCGCUGAAAUCGCCGACUACAACAAGGAACUGGGCCAAAGGAACCCCAGUUGGUUGAACGUGUUUUGGCUAUACGGGGAGUGUUAUCUGUACCGAAGGAUUCGGUCUCUCUUCUUGAUGUCUACCAAGUGGAAGAAUUACGAUGUCUUUGCCCACCAAAAGUCCUCCACAUUCCAGGCCUCGAAACCGGCAAUUCUCGAGCUUGCAGCUCGGUACAAGACGGUCGUUCAGAGCGCGAGCGCCCUGGUUCAAGACAGGUCAUCCGAGGCGCUUCUGUUCCAAGAAAUGUGUGAAAUCUGCCUUUGGGGUAACGCCACCGAUAUGUCACUCCUCACCUCGCUCACCUACGAAGAUAUUCAAAAGCUGCAAGGGUCCGAAGCCCGGAAGACCCAGGCGAAAAACGUUCUGAUCAACGAUAUCCCCGCUGCAUUCGAUGUGUUGGACAACGCCCGCCGGGAAAAGAGAGGCGGGGCACAAGUUGACAUUGUACUAGACAAUCCUGGUUUCAAGCUAUAUGUUGAUCUUCUCCUGGCCGGAUUCCUGUUGUCAACGGGACUCGCGACCAAGGUUGUCCUUCAUCCAAAGUCCAUCCCGUGGUUUGUCUCUGAUGCUAUGCACGCGGACUUCACGAAUUUACUCUCCUGGCGACUACCGCACCUGGCCCCGGGUCUCUUUAUCGAGCUUAAAGAAAGUGACCUGGUUAUUUUCAAAGGGGAUUUGAAUUACCGGAAGCUUACCGGCGAUGAUACAACGACGCUAUUUCCGACAGCCAUAGGGCCUCUGGGAACUAGCUGGGGGGUCCGCACUCUGGCUCUAAGGACCUGCAAGGCCGACGUUGUGGUUGGUCUCGCCGAAGGUGAGGAUGAACGUCUGCGGAGUGCGUAG